AUGGUGCGGGCCGUCCUGCUCUGUGGCUGCUUUUUGCUCUUGCACAUUUUCCUCUGCAUUCUCUCCUUUCCAGUACCCGACCGGACCUCCAGCCGCAGGUACAAGUUGCCACAGGAAAGACCACGCAGAAGUCGCCUCUCUUCUCACAAGAAGAAAGAGAGUCAGAAAGAAAACGAACUGAGUAAAGAGCACUACUCUAAGUACAUCCUGCAUCAUCAAAAUGACACAGUCUUCUGGAGGCGUCCCCGUUGUGGCGUUCCUGACUACCCAGACCAUGCCAUCAUCACCCACAACCGCCUGCCUCACCACGCCCACAAAAAGGAAGAGGAGACGAUACAGAAGAUGCAACAGCAGCAGCGCAGGAAGAGAUACGCCCUGUUUGGAGGACGGUGGGAGAAAAAUGACCUCACGUACAGGAUCGAACGCUUCCCAUGGCAGAUGAGUGAAAGUAGGGUCCGGCAGGUUGUGCAGGAAGCACUGGGAAUCUGGAGUGCCGUGACACCACUGACCUUCCGAGAGGUCACCGGUGAGAAAGCAGACGUCAUCAUCGACUUCAACAGGUACUGGCAUGGAGACAGUUUACCAUUUGAUGGCCCUGGUGGAAUCCUGGCCCACGCCUUCUUUCCUCGGACACACCGACAAGGAGAAGUCCACUUUGACUAUGACGAACACUGGACCGUGGGCAAUGGAGUUGGUACAGACCUACUUACAGUGGCAGCACAUGAGUUUGGCCAUGUUCUGGGCCUGAAGCAUUCCCUGGAGCCGGAUGCUGUGAUGUGUCCUUUCUACAGCGCCUCUUACCCCCUGAAGCUCAGCGAGGAUGACAAGAGGGGCAUCCAGCACCUGUAUGGACCUCCUCACCAAGUCUUACCUGAUUCAGCAGAGACCAAUGAGAUUGACAACGGAGUGCCCGACGCCUGCAGGACGCACUUUGAUGCCGUGUCCAUGAUCCGAGGAGAGCUUUUCUUUUUCAAGUCUCAUUUUGUUUGGAGAAUUCGUGAUGGACAGCUACAAGCAGGUUACCCAGCAUUGGCCUCUCGCCACUGGCGAGGCAUCCCAGAUCGCAUUGAUGCAGCUUACGAAGACAAAUCUGGAAACAUCUGGUUCUUCCAAGGUGAUAGGUACUGGGUGUUUGAUGCCGAGAGGAUGAUAACCGGACCCGACUCUGUGCACCAGCUGGGACUUCCUGUCUCGGACAUUGAAGCGGCAGUGAAGUGGGACGAAGACGGCAUUGAGAAAGUUUAUCUCUUCAAGUCUACUUCUUAUUGGCCCUUCAAUCCUCAGACCAACAAGGUGGACUUUGUCCACGCUCACAGCAUGCACGAGUGGCGCGGAGUGCCGGUCCAUAUCGAUGCUGCCUAUCGGGACAAAUAUGGUUAUGUCAAUUUCCUGAGUGGGCUGGACUACUGGAGGUUCGAUCCAGCAGGUUUGAGGGUGUUGGAAGGUUAUCCACGCAACAUUGGCAUGGAUUUCUUCGGAUGUGCGCCGUUUCUGUAUAAAUAGAUUCACGUGUCCAAGACCUGGAGAAGGUUAACUACUGAGUUGAAGAAAACACUGUAUAAGUAUUCACAUGGUGCAUAUAUUGGACAAGACAAUGUAUACAACCGGCUGUGUUUUAGUUUUAGGUGAAUUGUUUUGAUAGUUAAUGAGCAAUUGUAUUCAAGGCUGCAAUGCAACUACUCGAAAGAUUGUUACCACCGAUGCCGUUCAAUUCCAUCGAGAUGAAGUUAGACUUCUUACUCUUUGGCCAUGUUUAACAAUACAAUCAACAACUGGAUUACAAUAGUAAUAGCAGACGAUAAGACUCAGAAAAGUUCUCACAGCUGCAGAAAAGUGCUCUCCUUCACGGCUUCACUGCAACAGUUGCUUAGUCACAGUGCUCUCAUCACGGGGGUGAGACAGCUUCUCAGGAUGAAUGAGAGCUUUGCCAAAACCUGCACGUCACCCACCACACGUCCUGGCUCUAGUCAAUGUCUCAAGACACAACUUGCCAUUUCUAUCACUCCCUUUCAGCGUCUUCCAAUCAGCUAUUGUGCAACCGCCACUGCAGCAACAGACCACCUCAAAGAAGCUGCUGAUGCUGCCACAGAGGUCCUCAGGAGCAGCCGCUGCACUCAUUGAACUCUUGAUGUCUUUCAACAAAUUUUGUCUGUUUACAGCUUACAUCAGGAAAUAUUUAUAGCAGUCACCCUUAAUGGAUACUUAAGCUCUCUCCAGAAACA